AUGAUUAACUCACUAUCAAUCGCCAGGCACAGUCGUUCGUCUACUAGGCUAGCUCUCUGGCAGUCACCAUAUCCAGACUCACUGACAGUCACCAGAUCCGGAGUUCUUCGUCUACAAGACAAACUCAGCAAACGUCUCCAAGUACACAGUUAUCGCCAGGUACAGUCAUUCGUCUACGUAGCGGUCGCCCGAGUACCUAAUCCCAGUCAGUUAGUUCUUAGAAUUUGGGCUGUCUGUUAUAACAAGAACUGCUCAAAACCCCUUAUCUAUCUAUCUAUCUAUCUAUCUAUCUAUCUAUCUAUCUAUCUAUCUAUCUAUUCACGUCUGUAUCUAUCUAUCUAUCUAUCUAUCUAUCUAUCUAUCUAUCUAUCUAUCUAUUUCUUCUAUUCAUAUCUAUCUAUCUAUCUAUCUAUCUAUCUAUCUAUCUAUCUAUCUAAUUCUGUCCAUAUCUAUCUAUCUAUCUAUCUCUAUCUAUCUAUCUAUCUAAUUCUGUCCAUAUCUAUCUAUCUAUCUAUCUAUCUAUCUAUCUAUCUAAUUCUGUCCAUAUCUAUCUAUCUAAUUCUAUCUAUAUCUAUCUAUCUAUCUAUCUAUCUAAUAGAUAAGUCUGUUAAUAUCUAUCUAUCUAAGUCUGUUCAUAUCUAUCUAUUUAAUAGAUAA